AUGGAUGACUUCUGUGUGAUCUAUGAUGAGGACCCCAACGAGACGGCCAGGAAUAUUGAGAUCAACUACAAUCUCAAUCACCCGUCGGCGCCGGUAGUCGUGAACGUGAGCGAAGACUUCCAGAUCACGUCGUGGAGUGAAUUGCUGUUCAAAAUAAGCCUAUUUGUGAUACCAUUGACCUGGAUUAUAACGUGCGCCCUUUGGAUGACUAAAACGGUGAUCAAAUCCAAGGAGAACUCAGUGUUGGACCAGUGGGUGACCGGGAUGUUUGUCUUCUCACUCAUCAUUAGCGUACUGUUUGGCUGUGUAUUUAUGAUCAAAUCGGACAGGGCUUACAAGUUUGAAUUCAAACCCCAAGAACCUCAUGAUAACACAUAA